CAUUAAAAAAAGAUGGCCGCAUUUUGUAGUAAAACGAAUGAAAUUUUCAUUCAUUAAUUAAAUAUAAACAAAAGUGAUAAAAAUGUUUAAUUUUUUUAUAAAACUAAUUAAGAAUAUUUAAAUUUAGCGAAAGUUAUAAAAUUUAGCCAAUUAUUAAGAGAUAAAUAGGAAAUAUUUGCUAUAUAAAAUCGGUGUCUGCGUUUUCACUGAAGAAUGGGAAUGAACAAUAAUUGAGUGUGUGGUAUAAUUGUAAGAAAACGAAGAAGAAAAAGUGGAAUAUCGAAAAGUGUGUGAAGUGGAGAGAAAGGGAGCAAAUAAAUGACUAUAAACAAAAACGAAAAAUAAAAAAUCUAAAAAAAAAAUGUUAUAGAAAAAUAGUUUCAUUUAAUACCAGUUGAAUUUUAGAAAAAGCAGUAAAAUAAAGAAAAAUGUUACAGUAUAAAAAUACUACGCAAACAAAUGCGGCCUCUGCUGCAACCACGCCUACGCAGACACAGCAAGUACAGCAACAGACAACGCAAAAUGCCCCCGGUCAGCAGGUUCAAAAUCAGGUUGCACAACCUGCCCAGGUUAAAGCAACUUUUGUCAAUGCCCAGGGCCAACCACAAAUGGCAGGUACCACACUGCCAAACAAUCAAAUACCGCUCUCACAGAUUAUAAAUUUGCAACAAUUACCGCAGCAGUUUAUACAGGCGGCGCCGCAGCAAGGAGCUCCCCAACAAGCCCAGGGUUUGCCACAAAACAUGUUUCAAAUUGUACAACCCAUGCAGACGGUAAAUAUUGAUGGUCAAGAGGCCAUCUUUAUACCGAAUCUGAAUUCUCAACUUUCUGCCGGCCAACCAAUGAAUCUUAAUGGACAGCAGGUGUUUCUAACACCAAAUGGACAAAUUGUGAGGGCACCUCAGGCAUCUUCACAGCCUCAGACUGUACAAUUGCAACCAGGCACUCAGUUUAUACAGGGCCUAGGGCAGACUAUACAAAUACCCGCUGGUUUGGGAGGCGGCGGUCUACAGGAACAAACACUGUUUACAAUACCUGGUACAAAUAUACAAAUACCAGUGACCACAAUACAUAAUCCCCAGACCACACAGCAAUUGCAACAACAUCAAUUGCAGCAGCUAUUGCAACAGCAACAACAGCAGCAGCAACAACAGAAUCAGGCUCACGCUCAGGCACAAGCUCAUGCCCAGGUUCAGGCUCAACAACAAGCACAACAGCAGGCUCAGCAACAGGCGCAACAGCAAGCCCAACAGCAGCAGCAACAACAGCAAGCCAACACAAAUGCCAAUAAUGGAAAUUCCAAUCAAAGUCAACCAUCAACAAAUGCUUCAGCAACCUCCAAUAACUCAACGAAUUCCUCUCAAACCACUACCACCACCACAACUCUACCCAGCACCAUAACAAUACCCGGUACCAAUAUACAAAUACCCACCUCUGUGGCGGCCGCAAACGGACUGCUCGGCAACAUCCAGCAAUUUUUGGCGGGCAAUGCAAAUGCCUCGAUUAAACUGGAAAACGGUCAGACUUUGCAAAACAUACAAAUACGUCAGGCAAAUCCGGCUGGUUCUUCCACACAAACACAACUGCCGCAAAUUGUGCAAUUUCCGCAUGCUUUGCAACAGCAAACGACGGCCGCACAACAACAGCCCACACUGCAACAAACCACCGUGGCGGUUCAAGUCCCCAUACAGACAGGAGUGGGUGGCCAAACAAUUUAUCAAACGGUUCAUGUGCCCAUACAACAACUGGCCUCAACAGCUGGUGGUAUUCCCACUGCGAAUCUCUUACCCACAGCCCAGCCAAUGCAAAUGCCCCAAAUUAUACCCCAGUUUACGCAAAUCGCCCAGAUUGUCACGCCUAAUGGUCAAAUACAACAAGUGCAGUUGGCUCCGCUGAAUGCAUUGACUUCGUAUCAGCAAUUGCCCACCAAUGCCAAUAUUAUUCACAUACAGAAUGCCGCUCAACAACAGCAAGUUCAGGCGGCAGUACAGCAACAGCAGCAGCAACAAGUUCAACAGCAGCAGCAACAACAGCAAGUAGUGGCCGCUCAACAGCAAGCUGCAGUUGUGGCUCAGCAGCAAGUGCAACAACAACAGCAACAACAACAACAACAGCAGCAAUUACAACAAUUGCAGCAGCAACAACAGAUUAUAAAUGCCAUAAACGCCGCCAACGAAUCGGGUGCUCAAAUACCCACCAACCAGCCGAUUACCAUCACAAACGCCCAGGGCCAGCAGGUGACUGUUAUACCAGCUCAACAUUUGCAACAAUUACAAAGACCUGCAACACAAAAUACCGCACCGACGGCACAGCAACAGUCUGCGCAACCCUCAGCUAACCUGAUACAGUUGCAACAAAUACCUGGUCUACAAGCUCUGCCCAUACAAAACAUACCCGGUAUUGGUCAAGUGCAAAUAAUACAGGCUCAACAAUUGCCACCCAAUAUGCAGCCACAAAAUAUACAACAGCUUUUAGCGGCGGCGGCACCCACAGCCCAGCAACAUCAUGCAACAGCACCACAACAACAGCCGCAACAACCCCAACAGCAACCUCAAUCUACCACCCAACCCCAGCAACAAUCUAUGAAUCCACCUACACAAUCUGCUCAAACAAGUUCCACCACUACCCCUAAUGCCACCAACACCGCCAACACCCUACAGUUACAGCAGGCCCCCAACACCAACAAUAAUAAUUCUUCCACGGUUUCACAAACAACUCCCUCCACUACACCUCAGUCACCUAGCAGCAGCACCGGCUUACAACAGCCCAAACAGGAGCCUCAAUCGCCCACUCAAAUUGGCCAGACUUUAAUAACGAACAUUAAGCAAGAACCACCAGAUAGUUCUCCGGUUUCAGCAAUGAAUAGUUUACCCAAUGGCGUGCCACCUGGUACUACACAAAUAAAAUGGUUAAUGCCACAGGCUACAACUGUAACGCAGGUACAGCAGCAACAAGCCCAAUUGCAACAAAUUCAGCAGCAAAUCCAACAAGCCCAGCAGCAACAGCAACAACAACAGCAGCAGCAACAAGUUGUUUCAACCAUCGACAGCAUGGCAAUACCAGUGACCAUACCAGCAUCUUUACAAAUCACAGCCAUCCCACAGGCACAGCAACAUCAACAACAUACACUGCAGCAGCAGCAGCAGCAACAACCACAACAACCAAGUCAGUUUGUAUUACAACAUCAACCAACACGUAAUGCUUUAAUAAAACCUCAUACAUCACCACAAAUUCUAACAGCUGCCGGAAAUACAGCGACCACCGUAACGAAUGCAACAGGAGCAACACAAAUAACAAUUGCUACAACAACUGCCAAUAGUAGUAACAACAACAAUAGUGGUCAAACGCAGCAGCAACAACAACAGCAAAACUCGGCUUCUAAUCAACAACAACAACAGUCCAGUUUGCAACAUCAACAGCAGCAGCAAAACAAUACUCUCCCACCACCCCCCUCACAAACCUCCGUCAAUGUCAACAUCAAUUUAAAUGAUCCCGGCAAUUUGGGCAUUAAGCCACGUUUAAAGCGUGUCGCCUGCACUUGUCCCAACUGUGUAGAGGGUGAAAAUAAAUCGGAUCGCAAAAAACAACACAUCUGCCAUAUACCAGGCUGUAAUAAAGUCUAUGGUAAAACCUCUCAUCUAAGAGCUCAUCUGCGAUGGCAUACUGGCGAACGACCUUUUGUCUGCUCAUGGCUGUUUUGUGGCAAACGUUUCACCAGAUCCGAUGAAUUACAAAGACAUCGAAGAACGCAUACAGGCGAAAAACGCUUCCAAUGUCCCGAAUGCAAUAAGAAAUUUAUGCGCAGCGAUCAUUUGUCAAAACACAUUAGAACUCAUUACAAAACCAGAUCUCCCAUGGAACUUAUGGAGUUGCAAAAUAUUGCCAUUAAACAGGAGAAAGUCGACGGCGGUGGAGAUAUGAAUGCAAUGCAAGGCAUGUCCGAAAACAUUGUGAAUAUUAAUUUACCAAACCGGCAAGAUGGUAACCAACAACAGGGUACAACAGUUGCUGGUUCAACUAUUGUUUCGAAUAGCUUAAAUAACUCCCUCACAUCAGAUGGUGGUGGCUCCGCCGGCCCAGGUGGUUUAAAUAAUUCUGGCUGUGUUGGAGGCAUAAUGCAGAAUGUCGAUCAUGCCAGUAGUUAUGAGCACGAUGAUGACUGUGAUGAUGAGGACGAUGACGAAAUGGACGACGAGGAAGAUAGUGGUGAUGAUGAGGAAAAAAUGACCAUUUCGAUUAAUGAAUUUGCGGAAAAUUCUAACUAGCAGGACAUUGACAUGCUAAUAGAACAAUAUAUGUUUGAUGAUUUUUGAAAUGCGAUAAUAACAAAUGAUGUGAUCUAAGAGAUUUGAGCUGAGAUUAAUAUAAUCGAAGUUGUAGGCAAUUGACGACAGAAGUUUUAAGAAGUUUUAAACUAGAUAACAUGAUGUUUUCUCUAAAACAUAUACGAAUUUCUUCCAUUUCCAUAAAAACGUGAUAUUGAAUUGUGUGUUUGAAAGAGAUAAAAAGCUAUGAUAUUUUUAUAGCUAGCAAGGCAGACAUUGAGUUACAAAAAGCGCGGGUGCGUUCGUAAUUGCACAAAUUUGUGCAUCAAAAAUUCUGUGAUCUUAAAAAUUUAGCAUUUCAGUGAUAACAAAUAUGCUUUUUUUCACAGUGAUGCUCUAUUAUUGCUGAAUUUAAAAUCAUAACCAAAAUGCUUUUUAUGAGAGACUCAAUGUGAAUUGUUUUUAUAGAAAAUUUUUAACUAAAUUGAGUUCCUUCCUUUUAAAGGAGAACUGGAACUAGCGAGAGAUAUUUUGGAAUAACUAGAACUAGCAAGAAUUAUUGGAGAACUAGAGCUUAAAGGAGUUGUUUAACAUGAGUUGUAGAUAGGAGAAUAGAAAAAUUUGAUUUAGGGAUAAUUAUUUCUGUUGGUACUCUCGCUAGAAAUAUUUCUUUAGAAGAACAUAUUGUAAAAAAAGUUGAGAUAUUUCAAUUAUCUAAAUUUGUUCAUACUUUGUGCCAGCUUCUGCCGCAGUAAAUAUUGUAUAUAAAAUAGGAAUGAUAUUUUGUAAGAUUUAAAAAAUUAAAUUUCGAUCAUUUUUAAAUAACUAAGUAUUUAAAACAAUAUAAAGUAUUUUGUAAUUUAUUAAAUUAAGAAUUAAUAUCAAACAAAUUUUAAGAUACAAAUACAUUAAAAAAAUAUAGACAAAAAAAAAAGAAAAUGUUAAAAACACUUAAAAAAAUAUUUUUAAACAACUUCUGCAAAAACCCCUAGACCUAACAAUUUUUUCCAUUAACAAUCUCUAGCUUAUAUUUUAAACAAAAUCUCUCUUCAAGAAAAAGUAUUUCAAAUAGAAAAGUUUCUUAUUUGAUUUAAAACAAAAUACAGUUGUAUGUAAAAAGACUAUUAUUUAAAUAAACAAGAAAAAGUACUUAAGUACUUUAAAGGUAUUAAAAUGUAAAAAUAUUAAGAAACUAAAACAAUUUAUAUAAGAAAAUAUCAACAAAUGCUAAACAGAAGGAACAAUAGCACCCAAACGGGAACAUUGUUUAGAAAUUCAUAAAUUUUACAUAUUUACAUAUUUUAUGUUUUAUAUUUUAGAAUGUCGUAUGAUAUCUUGGAGAAAUGUGAUACCCAGGACUAAUUCCUUAAAAAAAAAGAUAUACUACUUAUUUAUAUGUAAUAAUAUCAAAAUUUAAACAAAACAAAAAAUGUCUGUCAUUAUUUAUAAAUGUAAAUAAUUUAUGUGUCUCUAAAUGUAUAUAGAUUAUAUAUACAUACGUUAAUAUCUAAUAUAGUAGAGUUUCGAUAACAUUUGCUGUUUGAAAAAAA